AUGAAUUCAACUUCAAUCCCCGACCAAGAUGCGCAUCAGCAAGGUGCCAACCGCCCGGCUUCGCCAGAGCUCAAGGGCGAAGAGCUGAAUGGCUCACCAGCUUCAACUCAACAAAACGAGAAGCCAGUGCUGAUGGACAAGCUGGUGAAUGGUUCCGUCAAAGAGACACAAUCAACAAACGAUACGACCCCUAAGAAGCCCGAGACGACAACGAAUAAUACGACCGCCGACGCAACAUGCCCUUCCGAUGAAGAGACACCUGUCGCCAAGGUCCUCCACUUUCUAGCUACUGCGACUCCUGGUUCCCUUGCUGGUGUAGCAGUCGGCUUCGCUGCCUUCACAUACCUGACCAUGGGACGACUGGGCCUCGUCCUUAUCGGCGCAUUCGGCGGUGUUGUUGGCUUCAUCUCGUGGGAAGCUCGAAACCCAGAGGUCUCUAGGGCAGUCCGAGGAGAACGAGGCAUCGACGUUAUAGAACGGCUGCUCGAAUCCAAGAACAACAAAACAGAGGAGAAAGCCGAGGACAGUAGCGACGAUGAAGAGACAGCUAUCAAAAACUUUGACGAGUUCCGCCCUGAGACUCGGGAAGCCCUUGGAGGACUCGUCGACGCCGUUAUUAGGGACUACGUCAAAUGGUGGUACAGCCCGAUCAUUCCGGCUGACCAUUCAUUUCCUCUGGCCUGCCGGAAGACGCUCACCUCGUAUCUUCUCGCCGUCUCGAAUCACCUGAGCCGCAAGAGACCCGCAGACGCAUUCCUCGACCUCCUCACCAACUCGUCAUCGAUCAUCAUCGUAUUCAUGUCCGAGCUCGCAUCCGCCUUUGCCGAACUGCCCCCCGACAGCAGCAUGACAGCGGCCGACGCCGUCUACAACUACCUUGCCGCCAAUCCCGACUGCCACCUGGCCAAUCUGCUAAACCAGCGCCAGCAAGCCGCCAAGUUCAAGAUGGUGGCUGAAGACUUGCUAGGCUUUCUCGAUCGUAACGCAUACAACUGCGAUCCUGCCCGUGUUUUCUUGCGUGAGAUUCUUGCGAACUCGGUUCUUGAGAAGACGCUACAAACAUGUAGCCAAGCUGAUUGGAUCAACGGAUGGAUUGUGUAUCUCCUCGAAGCCGGCGAACCUGACUUGAACCAGGCCAUUGAUGUUGGCAUGCAGCGUGGCCCUGAGGCGACCGCUACCACGAAUGUGUUUGCGGAUUUAGACGGCAAUGUCGGAAACGUCGGUAUCGCAAAGCCGGGACGCAGCUCACUCGAGAACGAAAGAGCUCGAAGAAAGGAGCCCCUUGGUCACAAGAAGAAGCUGAGCAAGGCAGAGGAGGAAAUGGAUGACGCCAUGGAAGAAAUGAAGCGCAUGAACCAAAUGAUUGCUGAGGAAGACGCAAGACGAAAGCGCGAGUCGGUCAAUUCUAUGAAGGGAUCCAGCACAACAUCAAACGCUAGCAAGAGACUAUCCACCACGGGUGAGCAAUCUCCCAAGUCUGCUGCAUAUGCUGAAAGGUCCCUCCCAUCGGCAACGUCAACCGAGGGCUUUUCUACCAAGAGCGAUAUUGCCCCGACUCCGAUUACGCCACGAUCGCCCAUGGACUCUUCAAGCCCUGAAUCAUCCCCCAAGGGAUCAGAGGGCACUCGCUUCACGAGCUUUGACCAGAUUGUGCCUCCGGGCCAAGACAACGAAGAGGAUGAGCCACCUAAGAAAGCGCCUCUUACUCUCCAUAAUGCUUCCAUCACCCUGCACGAUGAUGCCACGGGCGACAAGAGCCGUAUCCGCACCAAGCCUACAUGGGACUACUGGGUCCAAGUCGAGCCAUCUGUGGCUGGCUAUGCUGGGUGGAUGAUUGUACGAAGAUAUAAUGAUUUCGAGACUCUCCAUGAAAUCUUGAGGCGAAUUGCGAAUAUCUCGGGCGCCACGGCUUUCACUGAACUUCACAAGGACCUACCAGACUGGAAAGUCCACACUCGCGAGUCACUCCGUGGCGAGCUGGAGAGGUAUCUUCGAGAUGCCUGUUGGUACCAAAGUCUGGCCGAGAGUGAAGGCAUGAAGCGAUUCCUGGAAAAGUCUAAGGGGCAUACACACAGUGAAUCCAAGUCUGGCUUCGGGUGGGAGUCUAUGGGCAAGGGCAUGCUGGACGUGCUGACAACGGCGCCCAAGGGUGCCAUGGAGGGAGGCAAGACCUUGGUUGGAGGCGUUACAGGAGUUUUUGGCAACUUUCCGGGCCUCAGCAGGAAGACUACGAGCCAGUCUGUAGAUUUGACGAGCCACUCGAGCAGACUCUCCAUCUCGACACCUCCGACUCGGAUCGAUGGUAUGCGAUCUCCGGCUCGCUCGGCACGGGACAGCAUGGACAGCCAGCGGUCGUCGGUUGUAUCUACGCAGCCUGGAAAGAUGCCCCCCAUGGAGCGUCGUCCUAGCUACCAGUCGCAGAGUGAGUCGGAUCCAGAGCUACGCAUGAGCCGAGCAGACCGUAAGGAGACCGGGUCGGCAUCAGCAAGUGCUCGUCCUAGUCGGGAGCAUAGCCGUGCGCCGAGCCUUGCACAGCUACGAUCUCCUUCAUCAGCCAGUCUCGACUUUACGAAGCUGCCACCUCCACCUGAUCAGAUCGCGGAUGACUAUGGAUCGCCCGAGGGCAACGGUGACAUGCAAGACAAGAUGAACGAUAGCUUCCUGAACCAGCAGCACGGACGCAAGGGCUCACAGCAGAUCCCGACACCUCCUCCGUCUGUCUCGGGAGGCAAGAGGUUAUCUCUGAAACCUGCCAGGCAGUAUGCUCAGCUCUCCGAGCCUGAGACACGGGUUGCAGUUGAGCUGCUAUUUGCCGUCAUCAAUGAGAUGUACACGCUGUCUUCGGCAUGGAACAUCCGACGCACCCUCUUGACGGCAGCCAAAUCAUUCCUGCUUCGCCCCGGCAACCCGUCCCUCUUGACGGUCCAGUCGCUGAUCCAAAAGUCCGUCAUCGACGCGAACACGUCUGACGCGGGCCUGGCUCACCAGCUGCGCAAGAUCCGGGAGAACAUGAUGCCCACAGAGCAAGAGCUUGCCGCAUGGCCCGCAGAGCUCACGGCGGACGAGAAGGAGAAGCUCCGUGUCAAGGCUCGUCGUCUGCUCAUCCAGAGCGGCCUGCCAGCUGCGCUGAUGGGCGUGAUGGGUCAGGCUGCGACAGGCGAGGCACUCGGCCGAGUGUUUGACUGUCUCCAGAUCGAAGAGGUGGCUCGGGGACUGCUCUUUGGGCUGAUCCUACAAGUUGUGCGAAUUGUGACACACUGA